AUGAAUAAAGAAACACAUGAAGGAGAAAAGAUACUUCUGGGGAUAAUCUUGAGAAUUCCAUUGAUAAUUGAAGACAAAGAAACAUCUGAAACAAUCAAGAAUUCUUCAUUAUGGCUUCAUGUGUCACGAGGUGAUUAUGAACCCAGCAAUAGCCCCCUUUUCAUAAAUAAAUCUUUAACUGCUAUAUGUAGCGAAGGAUAUUUCCAUAAAACACUAACGACAGACAACAGUAAUCGAGUUUUCCGAAGGUAUAUUCCUAAUAUAGAUCUCAGUAAUGAUAAACAUUUUGCACUAUUGAAUAAUCUUUUCCCACUUGAUUUAGAAAGCUUGAUAGAGGCUAAACAAACCACCAAAGAUCCCACACAGCAACAGCAAUUGAAAUUAACGGCUAAAUUGAUUAGUGAUAAAUCGAAAUAUGAUGCUAAUAAUGAAUAUUUGGAAGAUAUUGAACCUAAUAAGAACAACAUAGUUUUAUCAAUCAAAACAGAUGCAAAAUAUGCCGUAACAAUAGGAACGAUCGAAUUACCUUCAAUUGAAAUUGAAAAACAUCCAUAUUUAAACGAUGAAGAAAAUUUACUAAAUUGGAUGGAAUUAUAUAAUUAUCAAAAUGAAUCAUUAUUAGAAUUAUUGAUUGAAUCAAAUAAUAGUUUGGAUCAAUUAAAAUCGGAAAAUCAAGAAUUAGAACUGAAUUUAGAAUUAACGAAAAAUGAUUAUAAUAAAAUCAUUGAAGACUUAGAACUGAAAUUUUAUUUGGCAUUAAAUUCUAAGAAAGAUAAGAUUUUUGAAUUGACUCAUAAAUAG